AUGGCAGUUACACUUCCUCUCUUAGUCCUGUUCGUACUCUUUUCCAAUGCUAAUGCGGCAUGCAAUAAGAGUUUUACCUUAAGCAGUGAUACUUUCGCUACCGAAAACUUUCCAAACCGCAAUUUUACCGGAUAUUGCCAUUACCAAAUUAAACUUCCUUUUCGCCGUGCAAUUGAUUUACAAUGGCUAGCAUUUGAUGUUGGAUCUCCUAAAGUAAACAGCAAAUGUCCUGAUAAUUAUGUAACAGUCUCUGAUGGCGCUUUUCCACAAAUUCAACACACGUAUACAUUUUGUGGUAAACAGCCACAAAAUAUAACUUCGAAAACUAAUAUUCUUUCAAUCAUCUUAUAUGUUAAUUCCAAUUGUUCCCAUCAAGGUUUUCGCGUAAAAUAUACAUCACGAAUUGAGUUAAGCACGUUUACUCCAAAUGUAAAAGUGGCAUGA